AUGCUUUAUAAUCGAGCAAGGAUGACAAAGACAAUAGGAUAUCAAGACUGGCGAUGGCAGGCUCUUUUGUGGCAUUUUCUCUUGUGGACUACAGGGGACGCACAGACACGUUACAGCAUCCCAGAGGAACUCAAACAAGGUUCGGUGGUGGGUAAUUUGGCCAAAGAUCUGUCUUUGGGAAUAUCUGAGAUAUUUGAGCGCAAGCUGCGUGUCGCCUCAGAAGCUGGUAAGCAGUAUUUCAGCGUGGAUGCGGGAAAGGGCGAGCUUCUGGUCAACGACAGAAUAGACAGAGAGGCUUUAUGCGGACAAAGCGCCAGCUGUGUGCUCCCUCUGCAGGUCGUUGUAGAAAGUCCCUUACAAUUGCAUCGAAUAGAAGUGGAAAUAAGAGACAUUAAUGACAAUUCUCCUCAUUUUCUAAUGCAGGAAAUUAACCUUAAAAUGCCAGAAUCGGUUGCUGUAGGCAAACGCUUUCCUUUGGAGAGUGGAGAGGACCUUGAUGUUGGAGGAAAUUCCUUGAAAACGUACACUUUAAGUAAAAACGAUUAUUUUUCUUUAAAGUUCAAAGAAGCAAAAAAUGGUAAAACUGUGCCUGAAUUGGUGUUGGAAAAAUUAUUGGAUCGGGAAAAAAUAUCAAUCCAUCAACUGCUUUUAACAGCACUGGAUGGAGGAAACCCUGUUAAAUCUGGAACAUGUAAAAUCACAAUUGACGUACUUGAUAUUAAUGAUAAUUUUCCUGUAUUUGAUGAAAAAGAGUACUCAAUUACUCUAAAAGAAAACAGCACAAAGGGUACAUUUGUGUUAAGUGUAACAGCUAAAGAUGCUGACCAAGGCAUAAAUGGAGAUGUUAAAUAUUCUUUUGGGUCUCGCACUCCAGCAGCAGUUUUAUCAACAUUUGAAAUUAAUGAACAAACAGGCCAAAUUCAUUUGAAGGGGGGGCUGGAUUAUGAAACAGCCCCUUCUUAUCUGAUUGACAUAACUGCCAAAGACAAUGGGGUACCUGAAAUGGAGGGCCACUGUCAAUUACAAAUAGAUGUAGAAGACAUUAAUGAUAAUAAGCCACAAAUUGUGCUUACUUCUGAACCUAACCCUGUACGGGAAGAUGCUCCAACUGGUACAGUGGUGGCUUUAAUUAGUGUCAAAGACCUGGACUCCGGUAAUAAUAGCAAAAUAAUGUUGCAUCUUCCCAAAGGUUCACCUUUCUCACUCAAGCCAUCUUUUUCCCCAAAUUAUGAACUGGUCACUAAUGGUGCCUUGGACCGAGAGAGAGUGUCUCAGUAUAACAUUGAGAUUACAGCCACGGACUCGGGCUCUCCUCCCCUCUCUAGUAAAAAAAUAAUAGCUGUCAGCAUUUCUGAUGUCAAUGACAACCCUCCUGUAUUCUCCCAAAGCUCUUAUAACAUUUAUUUAAAAGAGAAUGGGGUAGCAGGCUCUAUACUGUUCUCGGUUUCUGCGAGCGACCCAGAUGCAGGCGACAACGCCAGAGUGUCUUAUGCGAUCAUUGGGUCUAAAACUCAUGACGUGUCUGUAUCGUCCUACGUUUACGUGAACUCUGAGAAUGGAAGCAUAUACAGCAUGCACUCGUUUGACUAUGAGAAAGUCAAAGUGUUUGAUGUUCAUGUGGAGGCAAAGGACCAGGGCUCUCCAUCCCUCAGCAGUACUGCCACCGUCCAUGUCUUCAUUAUGGACCAGAAUGACAAUGCUCCCGCCAUCAUCUACCCUUCCCCUCACGCCGCCUCCCACUUGAGGCUGCCCCGCUCAGCGAUGGCGGGGCACCUGCUCACCAAGGUGACGGCCGUGGACGCGGACUCGGGCCACAAUGCGUGGAUUUCAUACAAAGUGGUGGAGGCCACGGACACUUCUCUUUUCAUGCUAACCUUAUACACAGGGGAAGUGAGGACUAAACGUGCCAUGUCUGAGCAUGACGACUCAUCUCAGAGGCUAAUCGUAGCGGUCAAAGACGACGGGGAACCGGUCCAGUCAACUACCGUCACGCUGUCCAUCCUGCUGGAGGACAGCGUGAUCGACCCCAGUUUUGAGCUAAGACACAAAGCGACGUCUGAACCCAGCAUGUCAGGGGACAGAAUCACGCUUUAUUUGAUUGUGUCCCUGGCCUCAGUGUCUGUGCUGUCUCUGAUUACUUUGCUGGUCUUAGCAGUGAAAUGCAUGAGAAGCAGCACGAGUGGUGCUAGUUGCUGUCUAAAACGGACACACUGUGAUGAGGACAAGAAGCCCAGCAGAAAUCUGCACAUUCAGCUCAACACUGAUGGACCUAUUAAGUAUGUGGAGGUUCUGGGAGGAGAUGUCAUGUCUCAGAGUCACUCCUUCAGGUCCUGCAUGUCUCCCAUGUCAGAGUACAGUGAUUUCACUUUGGUCAAGCCCAGCAGCACCACAGACUUUAAGGAGGUCAUUAGCGUCCUGGAUGCCUCUUUACCUGACAGUACCUGGACCUUUGAGAGCCAGCAGGUGAGCACUGCUUCGGUUUUCAGACCAAUUGCGGCACACGCACUCCUCAUCUUGUCCACUUUGUCAUGA